UUCAUAGCCUGGCUCUUGGCAGGCUGUCUUUCCCUUACUCUGCCUUCCCCGUCUCCCUCUCUUUUCUCCCACGGCCCGUCUGCCCCUCCUUUCCUCCAUCCGCCUCUCCUCUCUGCUCCCCUUUAUUUCCACUCUCCGCCCGCUUAGCUUUGCUCUCCCUCUCUCUCUCUCCCCCUCGGCUUGUCUGUAUUUGGAGCUCCCGGAAGCCGCCGGCGACUCUCCCCAGGAGCAGCGUGACUGACACCGACUCGUUUUCAGGGGGGAGGAGGCGGAGGAGGAGGGGAGGAGGGCAGGCGGGAGGAGGGUGCGAGUGGCCGAACACGGAUUUGCAUUGCCGAGGACGAGACCCCAGGACACCCAAGCAGAAUGGCAGAGAUGCAGGGACUGAUGGAAAGACUGGAGCGGGUGGUCGGCCGACUGGAGUUGCUGUCUGCAGAGUCACACCGGCCUCCUGGGGCCUGUGGAGAAAUUAACGGUGUCAACGGAGGUGUGGCACCCUCGGUGGAAGCGUUUGAUAAGUUGAUGAACAGCAUGGUGACUGAGUUUUUAAAGAAGAGUAGGAUCCUUGCUGGCGACGUGGAGACUCAUGCAGAAAUGGUGCAUAGCGCUUUCCAGGCCCAGCGGGCUUUCCUUCUGAUGGCCUCUCGGUAUCAACAACCCCAAGAGAAUGACGUGGCUGCACUUCUGAAACCAAUAUCGGAAAAGAUUCAGGAAAUCCAAACUUUCAGAGAGAGAAACCGAGGGAGUAAAAUGUUUAAUCAUCUCUCGGCCGUCAGCGAAAGCAUACCUGCCCUUGGGUGGAUCGCUGUGUCCCCCAAACCCGGUCCUUAUGUCAAGGAGAUGAAUGAUGCUGCCACCUUUUACACUAACAGGGUCUUAAAGGACUACAAACACAGUGAUUUACGCCAUGUGGACUGGGUGAAGUCAUAUUUGAACAUUUGGAGUGAGCUUCAAACAUACAUCAAGGAGCACCACACCACAGGCCUUACUUGGAGCAAAACAGGUCCAGUAGCAUCAACUGCAUCAGCAUUGUCUGUCCUCUCCCCGGGGCCUGGCCUUCCUCCACCCCCACCUCCUCCACCUCCUCCAGGGCCACCUCCACUUUUUGAGAAUGAAGGCAGAAAAGAGCAGUCCUCUCCUUCACGCUCAGCUUUAUUUGCCCAACUUAACCAAGGGGAAGCGAUUAUAAAAGGGCUCCGGCAUGUCACAGAUGACCAGAAGACAUACAAGAAUCCCAGCCUACGGGCUCAAGGAGGACAAACUCCAUCUCUAACCAAAAGCCACACUCCAGCCCCCAAGUCUCCCCAAUCUUAUCCUCCUCAGAAACAUGCUCCUGUAUUCGAGUUGGAAGGAAAGAAAUGGAGAGUAGAGUACCAAGAGGACAGGAGUGACCUUGUGAUUCCACAGACUGAACUGAGACAAGUGGCUUACAUCUUCAAUUGCAACAAGUCUACUUUACAGAUGAAAGGGAAAAUAAAUUCCAUUAUAAUUGACAACUGUAAGAAGUUUGGCCUUGUGUUUGACAAUGUGGUGGGCAUCGUGGAAGUGAUCAACUCCAAGGACAUUCACAUGCAGGUAAUGGGGAAAGUGCCAACAAUUUCCAUUAAUAAGACAGAAGGCUGCCACAUAUACCUCAGUGAAGAUGCACUAGACUGUGAGAUUGUGAGCGCCAAGUCAUCUGAGAUGAAUAUACUUAUCCCUCAGGAUGGUGAUUACAGAGAAUUUCCUGUUCCUGAGCAGUUCAAGACAACGUGGGAUGGAGCCAAGUUGGUCACUGAACCUGCAGAAAUUAUGGCCUAACCUCCGGGGAGACCGAAUCCCCUAACCCGAAUUCCCCCAUCAAAAGAAAAGAAAAGAAAAGAGAAGAGAAGAGCAGCAUUAAAGACCUAGAAGUUGCAGUAGCACCUACUGUUUUAGUCUUGGCCUCCAACAAUUCUGUGCUCUAGGAACAGCAUCAUUUCUGGCACGCCUUCGUGGGCAUUUUGAAGUAUUUAAUGUUUCUUCAUGAUUUGCAUUUGUGUGUGAUUUGAGUUCCACAUGAUGACUUGUGAGCAUUACACGUUUAAAGGGGAAAAAAAAGAAUUCUGUUCUCUCAUAUCAUUAACACAGUAGCUGAUAGCAAAAAUAUUGCAUGGUUCACUUUUACACUUAUGUUUAAUUGCUAGUUGGAAAAUAAAACCUUCGAGAAUCUAA